CGCGACCGACCAGUCAGAGGAAGGGUGUGAGGUGGAGAAGGAGGGGACUUGCGGUGUUUGGUGCUGCGUGCCUAAGUUUUGUAAAAUUGCUUCGUUGUUUGAAAGCCAAACGAGAGGUCCACUGCAAUGUCUGUCAAACACAGCUGCUCCUUAUUCGACACGUUUUCAACCGGAUAAACCCGCGUUUGGAUUAUUUCUCUUGCUUUAAUAGUGUAGGUAAAGAAAUCAAUUCAUCGGAUCAGUCAGGGCGGGAUUGAUUUUCUCUUUAUUUCUCGACUUGUUUCUUAUUUUAGGAGUGCCGUGUUUGAGCGUUGGACUUGUCACGAGCAACCGGUGCCGCAACACAGAGUAGGCUACCAGAUCGCAGACUGGAGACUCACACGUGCAUCCUUCCUCCGGCUGCAGGCGCAUCGAUCCUUAAGCACUCUGGAUAAAAGUUGUAUUUGUUCUGUUUGGGAGUUCGUUUUAAUCAGGCAGGAAAAGAGCCAUAUAACAUGUCGCUCAGCAGAAGUAUUGAAUUUGAACACUUUGAGGAACGAGAGAAGCCUCACCGGACACCGAGGGCCAAUUCGGGCUCCGGAUCCCAGUCAGGCUCCAGAGGCAACGGUCUGGUCCCCAGUCCGGCGCACAGCGCGCACUGUAGUUUCUACCGCACACGCACUCUCCAGUCCCUUACGUCCGAGAAAAAAGCCAGAAAGGUGCGAUUUUAUCGCAACGGAGAUCGAUAUUUUAAAGGUUUGGUGUAUGCUGUGUCUAACGACCGGUUCAGGUCUCUGGAUGCUCUGCUCAUGGAGCUCACAAGGUCCCUGUCGGACAAUGUCAACCUUCCCCAAGGAGUCCGGACGUUAUAUGCCUUGGAUGGAGGCAGGAGAAUCACCAGCCUGGAUGAGUUAGUGGAGGGUGAGAGUUAUGUGUGUGCCUCAAAUGAGCCCUUCCGACGGGUGGACUACAACAAGAAUGUCAACCCCAACUGGUCGGUGGGCUGCAAGACCGGCACAUCACGUUCCCUCUCCUCUCUCAUCACGCUGAAGAACGAGCUGCAGCGUGAGUCCAAGGACUUCAUCAAACCCAAACUAGUCACAGUCAUCCGCAACGGUGUCAAACCCCGCAAGGCAGUACGGAUACUGCUCAAUAAGAAGACAGCACACUCCUUCGACCAGGUGCUCACUGACAUCACAGAUGCAAUCAAGUUGGACUCUGGUGCUGUGAGGAGAUUGUACACUUUGGAGGGCAAGCAGGUGAGUCUGUUAUGAUUCAUGUGUGUUGUAG